AUGGGGAGCCGUCCUGGGUUUUGUGUUUAUAUCAUUGGAUUUCCUAUUUUACAGGAUUCAGGCUCCUCUUCCUCCUCUGAUAGUGAAGAUGACAAAAAGAAGAAGAAGAAGAAAAAAUUAAAAAAGAAGAAGGACAAGGAUUCAUCUUCAUCUUCCUCCUCCUCUUCUUCGGAUAGCGAGGACGACAAGAAGAAAAAGAAGCAAACAAAGAAAAAGAAGAUCUCCAUUGUCCUAGAGCUCUGUCAGGGCUCCAGCUCCUCUGAUGAAAGUUCAUCUUCCUCCUCCGACAGUGAUGACGGCAAGAAGAAGAAAAAGAAGAAGAAAAAGGACAAGAAGAAGAAAAAGAAGGAUUCUUCAUCCUCCUCCUCGUCUUCGUCCGGUGAUUCUUCUAGCGGUGACGAGAAGAAGAAAAAGAAGAAGAAAAAGGACAAGAAGAAGAAGAAGAAAAAGAAAGACAAGAAAAAGGACUCAGACUCCUCUAGUAGUGAUGAUGACAAGAAGAAGAAGAAGAAGAAGAAAGACAAAAAGAAGAAAAAGAAGGAGGACUCCGGUUCCGGCUCCGGCUCGUCCAAGUCAUCCGACAGCGCCAGUGACAGCGACAAGGAGAAUAAGGAGAAGGCCAAGAAGGUGGUGUCGUUUGAAUUCCAGGAAAGCCCUGAACGCGACCAAAGCGGUGAGCCUAAACCAGAGGAUUCAGGCUCAGGCGUCGGCUCACCUUCUGCCUCCAGCGGUGGCGGCUCCGCUCAGAGCGGCACCGGAUCCUCCUCCGUUGUGUCUCUCUCCUCCUCUGUGAAGACGGAUCCGCCGAAUCCUUCGUCCACCUACAAGUUGUCUUCUACCUCCGGCGGUGGCGGCUCCGCUCAGAGCGACACCGGAUCUUCAUCCGUUGGGGCUCCCUCCUCCACUGUGAAGACGGAUCCUCCGAAUCCUUCGUCCACCUACAAGUCGUCCUACACCAGCUCUCAGCUGCGCGCCGGAGACAGGCCUUCAUCUCAUAGGUCCGUCAGCCCCAUGGAGUCCUUGAUGGGGAGCCCCAGGAGGUAUGGAGAUGGAACCACCAGAACCUCUACCCCCCUGUCCUCAAGCGACCUCCUGAGGGGCCCCAAGCCAUACCCACCAUGAAAUGACGGGAAGAAAACGUCGCGGAUAAUAAUGUUGAGGAAAUAAACACGGGCAAUUGAAUUAAAUUAGGUCAGCGCUAAGGAUGCUUCUGGGUGCUUUUUAUGUUCUGGAUUCAUUGAAAACACAGGCAGAUACAACAUCUUUUGUUCUGUUGGCUUCUCGGAAGUUGAUACAGAAAUUUCUGUUGUUUUUUUUUAACAUUAAGAUGGGAGUAAAUGUCUAAUUCUGGAACAAAUUUUCAACUGCAUAAGAUAAAUUGCAAAUGUUUGCUAUGGGUAAUAAAACUUUGAUCAUUC